UUUUUCAAGCAAUUCCUAUAAAUAAUAGGCGCCACAGCUUGCCGUAUUUAUCUCCGAACUUAUGCAGUUCCAGGAAACACCACCACUCUCCAUGAUGUGGGGACUAUUUCGUCGAUUUAUAAUCGACUCGUGGAAGGUGAUGGGCCUCUCAACACGCUCUUGCAUCCAGAAUUUAGAAUAUAAAUAUCUAACCACCCCCGAGUCUUGAACCUACCGAGCCUCUAGUUUCCUGUAACUUAAUAUUGGCUCAUAAAUAAGUUAUUCUUCCGUCAUUAUCAAAAACGAAUCGAUAUGACUCAAGCUAACGGUACCGAGUACACCUUCCAAGGCUGGAUGGGUCUUGAUAAAGGCUCUAUUGGCAACCUGAAAUGGCAGACUUACGAGCCAAAAGCCUGGGAGGAAACUGAUGUCGAUAUUAAGGUGACGCACUGCGGAAUCUGUGGCUCGGAUUUGCAUACCCUACGCAGUGGAUGGGGUGCUACCGCAUACCCAUGCGUUGUUGGUCAUGAAAUAGUUGGAAUCGCUGUCCGAGUUGGUUCUGAAGUGAAGCAUGUCAAGGUCGGCGAUCGUGUCGGUGUUGGCGCUCAAUCAGACUCUUGUCUCAAUCGCUCUGGGAAAUGCCCGGACUGUUCGGCUGGGCGAGAGAACCUGUGCUUUAACAAGGGUCGCUGUGAUACCUACAAUAGUGUCUUCUUGAACGGUGGUAAAUCCUACGGCGGUUAUGCCGACUACAACCGAACCCCAGGCCACUUCGUCAUCAAGAUUCCUGAUGGAUUAAGCUCUGCUGCUGCAGCUCCUAUGCUCUGCGGUGGUAUUACGACCUAUGCUCCACUCAAGAAUAAUGGAUGUGGACCCGGAAAGCGCGUUGCGAUCAUUGGUGUUGGUGGUCUAGGCCACUUUGGCAUUCUUUGGGCAAAAGCCCUCGGUGCGGAUCGUGUUGUUGGUAUUUCGAGAAAGGAAUCUAAGCGUACAGACGUCCUUAAGCUUGGUGCCGAUGAUUACAUUGCGACAAGCGAGCAGAAAAACUGGGCUCAGGAGCAUUCGGGUAGCUUUGAUCUGAUUAUAUCUACAGUAUCAUCGCCAAACAUGCCUCUGCGUGACUACAUGAGACUACUGGAUUCUAAUGGAAUUUUGGUUCAAGUCGGAGCCCCUGAAGACAAACUUCCUGACCUUCUUGCAUUUGAUUUCAUUAUGAAAGGAAAAUCACUUUCGGGAAGUCUGAUUGGACCACCUGCACAGAUUGAGGAAAUGCUUCAGUUCGCAGUUGAAAAGAAUGUGCAACCCUGGAUCGAGGAGCGACCAUUGACGGAGGCUAACCAGGCGAUUGUUGAUAUGGAGAAUGGACUUGCUCGCUAUCGUUAUACACUUGUCAACGAGAAGAAUCUCUAAAAUGUGCAUCAAAUGAUCUCUUUGGUUGUGGAUGGCCUUUUUGUAACGAUUCUUUUAUGUAUCAAUAACACAGAUCCUGGAAAUAGAAUCCAAUUAGCAGAUAAAAAUCAAGGGAACUAGUCUCUUGAACAUUGAAUUAUUUCAUACCUUCUUCUA